AUGUAUAUUAUAUUUUUAUUAGCUACUACGACAACUACAACUACACGCUGUUUUGAUAUAUGCUGGCAAGAGGAUUGUGUAACGGGCGCCAAUACUAGCAUACAUUGUCCUACUACAACCAUUGCAACAUCAUCAUCACCUCCAACAGCAACUACUAGUUUAUCAAAACCAACCUGUCAAGAUCUUGAAGAUGAAUUAAGACAAGUAAAAUUAGGUUUAGGUCUCGGUUUAGGUUUUGGUAUGGUAAUAACUAGUGGAAUAGCAAUUGGUACUUAUAUUUAUUUUUCCAGACGUAUUGCACAACUACUAAUCCCAAGCGCAUCAUUCGCUCGAUUUUAA